AUGAGGAGGAUCAGGGCUAAUGCCAUCGCCAUCCUGACCGUCGCCUGGAUCUUGGGCACUUUCUACUACUUAUGGCAGGACAACAAGCCCCGCUCGGCGGCUGCCGGCAGGUCCGCCGGAGUCGGUAGCGGCGGCGCCCGGAGCGGGCAGAGGGCGGCCGGCAGGCUGGAGCUGCGCCGGGAGGAGAGGACCAUCCCCCUCAUCAUGACGAGGGCUCCCCUGGGAGAGAAGAGCAGCCGGCGGGGUUUUGACGAGAAGGCGUACUUGUCCUCCAAGGUGCUGAAGGCUGGAGAAGACCCCUACCGGCAGCACGCUUUCAACCAGCUGGAGAGUGACAAACUCAGCAGCGACCGGCCCAUCCGGGACACCAGGCACUACAGGUGCACUUCGGUACGCUAUGACACUGACUUGCCAGCCACCAGUGUCAUCAUCACCUUCCACAACGAGGCGCGAUCCACGCUGCUCCGCACGGUGAAGAGUGUUCUGAACCGCACCCCUCCCAGUCUCAUCCAGGAGAUCAUUUUGGUAGAUGACUUCAGCUCAGAUCCUGAGGAUUGCCAGCUCCUUACCAAGAUCCCAAAGGUCAAGUGUCUACGAAACACCCAUCGAGAAGGGCUGAUUCGCUCUCGGGUGCGAGGAGCUGAAGUGGCGGCUGCUGACGUCCUCACCUUCUUGGACAGUCACUGUGAAGUCAACAGCGAGUGGUUGCAGCCAAUGCUUCAGAGAGUGAAAGAGGAUUAUACCCGAGUGGUGAGUCCAAUCAUUGAUGUUAUCAGCCUGGAUAAUUUUGCCUACCUGGCAGCAUCAGCAGAUUUGAGGGGAGGGUUUGACUGGAGCCUUCACUUUAAGUGGGAACAGAUUCCUAUAGAGCAGAAGAUGUCCAGAACAGACCCAACUCAGUCUAUAAGAACCCCUGUCAUAGCAGGAGGCAUCUUUGUGAUUGACAAGUCCUGGUUUAACCACCUGGGAAAAUAUGAUACUCAAAUGGACAUCUGGGGAGGAGAAAAUUUUGAGCUCUCUUUCCGAGUGUGGAUGUGUGGUGGCAGCUUGGAGAUUGUUCCCUGCAGUCGAGUGGGACACGUGUUCAGGAAGCGUCAUCCCUAUGACUUCCCUGAGGGCAACGCGCUGACUUACAUCAAGAACACCAAGCGCACAGCGGAGGUGUGGAUGGAUGAGUACAAGCAGUACUACUACGAGGCCCGUCCCUCGGCUAUCGGCAAGGCCUUUGGAAGCAUUGCAGACCGAGUGGAGUUGCGACACAAGCUGAACUGUAAAUCCUUCCAGUGGUAUCUGGAGAACGUCUACCCCGAGCUCAAAAUUCCUGAAAAAGAGUUGAUUCCAGGAAUAAUUAGACAAGGAGGAAACUGUCUGGAGUCUCAGGCACAGGAUGCCACAGGGACUGUGUUGGCUGGCAUGGGAAACUGUAAAGGGUCGGUGAACAAUCCACCUGUCACUCAGGAGUGGAUAUUCAGUGACCCUUUAAUUAGACAGCAGGACAAGUGUCUUUCCAUUGCCUCCUUCUCGACUGGUUCUCAAAUCACACUGGAAGCUUGCAGUCAAAAAGACGGCAGACAGAAGUGGAAGAUGAAAGGCAGUUUCAUUCAACACUUUGUCAGUGGUCUCUGCCUGGAAAACCAGACUGGAAGAGUGGUGACCAACCCCUGCCAAGCAGGUGUACCUGGCCAACAGUGGGAGCUGCUACAAGCAACAUGAUGGUACUACCUCCUUCCUCCCUGCUCCCACUGUGUGUGUGUGCAGCUUUCUUGCAGUUCCUCCUUCAUAACCACUCUGGGACCAGGACUCAGCUCUUCUACAAACAAUGCUCCUGACUGCUGCAGACCACAGAAGCUCUGCUUAUUUACAGUGCCCAAGCUCUGGGCCAGCCCUAAUGCAAAGGGCUCUUGUCAGCACGGUGGCUGCUGCCCUUGGCUGUGUGUUUGGCCCCCGUGCUGGAGGUUGCUGACUGCUCCUGGGGCAGACACACCUGGACUGGCUGUGUUGAUUUAUUUGUGCCUCUUUCCUACUGCUCUCCUGGCAGAGUGUGAACUGGCAUCCUUCUGGGCUGUAAGCUGGGGCUGCUGAAGAUGGGACACUCCUUCUUCAGGUGCUGUGGCCUGGGGGAGGAAAGGGCAAAGGUGGACAUAUGCUAGAUGUUAAUAACUCAAAUUGCUUGUGGAGUUUGGAGUUUCAUUUUUUAAUUCUACCUGGUUUUGGACAUGUUCACCUGAGGUUACCUCCCAACUGCUCACUCUUCUGUCAGCUAAAGCAUUGCUUUAGCUCAACACAGACCUCCCCACACAUCAUCUUUUGGAAGCUGUUGGUUUCCAAUGUGUUUUAGCAGUUGCUGAAAAGGAGUUACAUUACAAAAGGCUGCUGUCAAGUGUGGGCAAACUGAACUUCUUCUUGGAAUAAACAAAGUCUUGUUCAAACUCGUUAUUAGCAUACUCUACACUUCCCUUGCACUGAAGGGAAGAAAGAACAAUGUUAUCUCUAUUUUUUCCCCAAGGUCCAUCCAGUGCCAUGUUUUGUAACAGGUGUCUGUUAGGAUUUCUUCAAGAAAACUGACUAUAUGUAACAGUCAGACCAAGCAGCUGCUGAGCCUUGUUUUCCUGUUUAUUUUAAACAGCCCCCUAGACUGUCAAGACAGAGAAUUUGCAUUGGUAAUACCCUUAAAGAAAGCUGUUACUGUAUCAGAGCAUCCCCUGUAAUUUCCUGUGCUGUGAACCAAUGGGAAUUUAUUUAAGAGGAGCUGAAUCUACUGUUGUACAGAAAUUGGAUUCAAAAGGUUUAUUUUUCCCACUCACUUGUAAGUUGCACUUUGCCAGAUGUAAUUUAUGUGGAAUCCAGAUUAGUUUUCCUUUUUCUUCAAAAGAAGCAUGUGCCAGAAUCUAUUUAAUGCCUGGAAUAAAAUCCAUUUUGAAAUAA